CUUCUCCUAUUCAUUCUAUAGCUGAACACCAAACAGUGAACAUAUACUUCGGGUCUUAAAACAAUCGUUAGAAAUCUUAAGGAAAUAUAAAGUUAGAACGUCAGUUAGAUAUUAUUUUUGGUUUUAAAUUCGUGCCGAUCAAUCAUGUUUUUCCUUCGUGCGUUCCGCGGAUUCGGCGACUCCUGUGAGGUCGCCCCCAUUGAGACGGUUGAGAGCUCCCCGGCCCGUGCCCCCAAGAAGGCCCGUGUCCCUAAGAAGGCCGUCAAGAAGGCCAGUGGUGGGUCUGCCAAGAAGUUGCUGAAGGGCAAGCCCUCGGUGAAGGCCACUAAGAAGCUCGUGGUGAAGAAUGCCCGAUCCCGUGCCAACGGGAAGCCAAAGGCCGCCGCCAAGAAGCCCAAGAAGUUGGUAAAGCGCAAGCCCGUUGAAAUUGAAGUAGCUCCAGUCGUUAAAGACUUGACAUUUUUUGGAGAAUCUUCCGAUGACACUUUUCGCGAUGUGCCGAGCCUGACAGCCAUACUGGGCCGUUCCUUGGACACCCACAUCGAAACGGAGCCAGGGAAGCAGCCUCGUGCUCGCCAAUCUUCGGAAACCAAGAAGCAACGCAGCUCUGCAGGAAAACGCAAGGAGGGAAGCUCCAAGGGCGAGUCAAAGAGGAAGGGUUCAGCGAAGACUGAGAGACUAGUUGGAACUAGGAAGCAAAUACAAGAUCUUAUGGGUAGUUUGUAAAAUUAUGAAGAGUAUCUUAUAGUAGUAGUGUUAACCUACCAGUAACAGAGCAGCAUUUGGGGAUUGAUUCUAAAUUAUAGAUAAGUAGAUACGGUAGAAUAUAUUAUGGUGGAUAAAUGGCAGGACGCAGUGAUAAACUAAAUUUCAAGUACUAGGUCGUAAAGCAGUUAGGAUU